CCUCUGUUUUGAAGUCAGUUUAGAAAUUGCACAGAGACAGUUUCAGUAAAUGAAUUCUCUCUUCCAGUAAGAUUCGGUGUCAGAAAAUUGCUUGCAGGUUCAUUUAAAUGUUGUGUGGAAAAAAUGUUAUAGCUGUAUGAUAUACGCAAUAUAACUAGAAUGUAACUACUACACUUAUCCUUUGUUGUAUACAGGUGGGACAAAACUUCAUUAUUUUGUUCAUGAGAUUAAUGGUGAUUUUUGUACACCAGACAUGCUUUCGUGAGAGAUGUAGCCCACAUGUCUGAAAAAGGGAAAGACUGUGGUUUAUUGACAUGCAUCUCAGACUAAGAUGUAAAAGUAGACGAAAUGUCAAAGAGGUUUAACGUUCAGCGUAAGAUGAGGGUCUUGCAUGCUCGCUGUCUAACAUAGAUAAUACAGGAAGGAAAAAAGACAUCUGCCAGUUCGUCCUGCAUAAUUCCCUUUCAACUGAUUUUGCUCUUGUGGUUUAUCGGCUUAAACUAAUUUUGCUGACCUUUGGCAGCAGAGGUACGACAUUUACAGCUAUGCUACUCUCUAUGGGUGUUGUGAGAUGAAUGCAGGUUGUUUUGUGUGUGUGUGUGUGUUUGUCAGAAUGUCUGUGCCCAGAAUUGGGGGUAUUUGGUAAUUUCAUUGUUACACAGUCACCGUUUCCUUGCCAUUUUUUUUAACUGUCAUAUUUUGUUUCUUAAAAGAUUUACUUCAUGAGUGUAUGUACCACGGAAGACUACCACCAUCAUUUUCAUAAAUUAUACUUUGAAGUGAUCGGCAAAGUUUCACUAUGACGAACUGCUCAACGAAAGAAGUGGACACUUUAACGAAGACUCUGGACUUGAUCAUUUACAUUCCCGUCUUGGUGUUCGGCUUGGCAUUAAACAUUGCAGCACUGGUGGUGUUCUGUCGGCUGCUCAGAAAAUGGACCGAGUCCUCCAUCUACAUGACCAACCUGGCUCUGAUGGACCUUCUGUUGCUGCUGCAGCUGCCCUUCAAAAUGCACGCAGCACACCACGAGUGGGCAGAAGACAAGAAAAUGCUUUGCUCCUUCCUGGAAAGUCUUUACUUUGUUGCUAUGUAUGGUAGCAUCUACACAAUUGUGUGCAUAGCCAUAGACCGAUAUAUCGCAAUAAACCACCCAUUUCGAGCCAAGCAGAUGCGUUCGAAGAAGAAUGCCUUGAUUGUUUGCAUUUCCAUCUGGGUGUUCGUUAUGGCAGCGACUUCACCCAUCUACACAUUCCGGGAAUGGAAGAGAACGGGGAAUAAUUUCCAAUGUUUCCAUGGCUUCUCUAAGAAGGGUUGGAGCACUGCAAUAAUUGUGUGCCUGGAGGUCUUUGGUUUCCUGUUACCUGCUGCAGUACUGGUGGUGUGCUCCAUUCAGAGCGUCCGUACUCUCAAAGCCUCAAAUAACGCUGACCACAAGGGGCAAGCUGGUGUGAGAAUCAUCUACAGCAGCCUAGCGGCCUUCCUAGUGCCCUUCACCCCCUGUCACGUGGCCAUAUUGCUGCAGUAUCUUGUCCGUAAUGAAAUCAUUUUAGACUGCAACCAGCAAAAGAACAUCGCCCUUUUUAUACAGGUGUCGAUAAACAUUGCAAACGUGACCUGCUGCUUGGAUGCACUGUGUUAUUAUUUCAUUGCAAAGGAAGUCCGAUCCACCAAGGAAACACUUAGACUGUCCAUCAGCAGAGCAAGAACCACCAGCUCCUCAGAUGUUUGAGAGGGCGAAUUAAGUUUAUUAGACUUUCACAAUGUGUGUUGAUGGCUUUCAAGUGGAAGCAAACUUGUGGUCACACUAUUGAAAUAUUAACAUUGAAAGUUGAGUGGCAACUUUGAAACACAGCUCCAAAAAAAAAAAAAAAGGAAAAAGUAUCGUUUAGUUUCAAAGUAAAAAGCGUUCUGUUGGUCAGUUCAGCAAAUUCACAUGCUUAAGCCCGAUGCAAAAUCUUUCACCUUGAGACGAAAUUAAAAUUUAUGUGGAUUCCCAUUGAAGUAACUGGAUUUCAUCAAUGAAAAUAUACCAAACGGUAAAUGUGAAAAGACAUUUUGGACUUGGUUCUUGUGGUCAAUGUAUGAUAUAAUGGACAAAUUAUUACUUCCCUCAUUCUAGUCUUAGGUAUAUUCACCCAAAAAUGAAAAUGCUGUCAUCAUUUGGUCAAUAAUGUCAUUGCAAAACUGUGUGAGUUUGUUUCUUUUUGAACAUAAAAGGAGAUAUUUUGAGAGAUCAGAAAUUUGAAAGUCAGUGGGCUCCAAUUAUUUUUGAUUCCCCGCAGUCUUCAAAAUAGCAUCUGUUGUGUGCAGUGUUGGGGGUAACGCAUUACAGGUAGGCCUAUCACAAAUUAUGUAAUAAGAUUACUUUAUUUAACUAGUAAAGUAACACAUUGCUUUUGAAUUUACAAGAAAAUAUGUAAGCUACUUUUUCAAAUACAUAAUGUCAGUUUCCGAUUUAUUGUCUGACAGCUCUCCUGUCCCCAUGUUAAGAGAAAUCAUGAGUAAGUGUAGAAACAUUGUGUGCACUGUAAACAUGAUUGUUACUAUAGUUCUAGACUAAAUGUGAACAUGCAUUUACUUAUCUCACUUGCAACACAGAUAUCCUUUAUGUGUUUAAUCCCAUUUUAUUGACUAAUGUCUUUGCUGCUGACCUCUGAGGAUCCAAUUCAACCAAAAAAUGACAAUGACUUUGGAUAAACAUAACAUUUGUGUUUGUAACACUAUAGCAUUUGCUUGUACAGAGGUGAAUUUACAUUUCCUUCAACCUGAGGCUUAUUCAUUUCCUUUUUGUUGCGAAAUGGUUUUUUACAUUUCCCAAAAUUAUUUUUUUAUAUUAAAGCCAGUUGAGCAAGCUCAGUUGAGAAUUAAAAAACGAAUUCAAAAGUAAUGUAACACACUACGUUCCAUGAAAAGUUACUUUUUUUUAGGGAGUAAUGCAAUAUUGUAAUGCAUUACUUUUAAAAGUAACGUUCCCAACACUGCUUGAGUUCCGCAAGAGAAAGAAACUCAUACAGAUUUGCAAUGACAUUUUUUGGGGUGGACUGUCCAUUUAUUUGACAAAGUGUGACAAAUAUGUGAAGAAAAUGGGAAUAGAACAGAAUCUUUACCCUGAUCACAGUCUGAACUGCAAAAUUGGUCUGGAUUGGAGUUAAAGAUCAGGAUUACCCAAAUCCAUUUCAUUUGUAAAACGUAAGUCUUAUUUCCACAAAACUUUAGCCACUAACUAGAUGAACCACAACCCUGAAACCCUGCCCUCCAAAGCCAUGACAGCAGACACCCACACAAAAUGAUAGCAUCUGAGAGCAGUGGCCUGCACAGACCUCUGGCGGGGCAGCGGAGAAGUGAGUAGUGAAUACACUGUUAUAUUUUUAAAGCGUUAACAUGUCUUGAAAAAAGCAGUUGGAUAACAAUAGUGGUCCGGGACAUUAAAUGCCAUCACGUCCAACAGGUAAACUCAUCUACACAAUAGUCUGCUUUUACAGGCUCAAAGGAAAAUGUUUUAAAUAAUGAAAGAGUUGUCGGAUGUUUUGUGACUGUGAAGUUGAAGUCAGGCAACAUGUCAUUUAUUUAGAACCUUUUACUUCCAGGCUUCCAAAGUCUUAGAAGUUGUAUGUUUGUCACAAUUGAUUAUGAUGAACAAAACAUGUAAGCUCUUGGCUAGUAAGCUUUUGUUGGGUCACAGAGCUUCUUGUCUGCAUCAAUCCAGAAGUCAGUGGAAAAAAAAUCGUAAUGGGUUUUUGUUGAGGAAACAAUGUGAAUGUGAACUUCCGAACUGGCCUACAAAAAUAUGUCAUCACUGCAGCUCUCUAUUUAAUGUUAUUUUCUUUUGAAAUUAUAAUGUGAAAUUAUAAUAAUGCAUUUACGAUGAAUUUAUGAUCCUGAGAUAAGGAUUUUUACCCCAAAGUUUCUUUAUUUGUCUUUAUCUCAUGCUAACACUGUCAACAUGAAAAACCUGAGAUCUUCAUGCUCACACGCGACUGUCGUCUGACAAACCAUCCUGAAAACUUCACUAUGACUCAUAAAAGUUUCUGAUGCAACAUUUGGUAUAGCAUUACACACUUCACAGUUACCUCUUCAGUUCUGCAUUUUGCCUCAUAAAUCGGUAUGUUAAACGAUUUGUGUAGACUUUUUUUGCCUGUUUUGUGAUGAAUAUUAAUAAAACUGUAAAAUGUGAA